CACAGAUACAUUUUGCCGAGGAGGUAGAUGCAAGUUUAUCUGACUGGCCUGAAACUGACCAUGAGGUUGAGAUUGUUUGUGAUGUGGCUUCACCUCGCUCUUCUUUUGCUAGCAAGCAAACAGAUGCAGUUGGACCAAUCAACAAAACGUUUGGGGCCCUAUAUUCAUUUGAUGGAAAAGAACUUGACAAAACAUUAGUUGGAAGGUCAGAGACAAAAAGAAGGUGCCACAAACUGGUUCCUCUCUCGCAAAGGCUUCUCUCAGCCUUUAUUUCCGAAGACGAGGCUGAAAAGCUUGACAAUGACACUCAAGACGAGAUGUUUUUACUUUACUCAAGUGAUUAUAUUCAUAAUGAUACUGACAGUCAUGUUAUCGAUGAUGACUUGGAGCUUGAUUACAAAAAUCAUAAAAGAAGUCUGGGAGAUGGAUUUGUAGCCUCAAACAACUUCAAGCACUUAAACAUCCAAAAUAUUUUGUUUGGUCAUGAAUCACUUGUGGAAAAUAAUGCUAUCCUAAAAACAGAUAAUGUGGCUCUUUCUGAUUACCUGAAAAAUAAUUGCACUCAGAUUGAGGCAAUGAGCAACUGCCCCUCCUAUGGAUGCCAGUUUGAGGACAUGCCUCUGGAUGAUAGGAUCUUGAUGGAGCUGCAUAGUAUUGGCUUAUUUCCAGAAUCUGUGCCAGACCUUUCUGAUGGUGUGGAUGGAGAAAUUGACAAGGUCAUUUCAGAACUUCAGAUGAGACUGUUACAACAGGUGAGGCAAAAGAAGGAUCGACUGAGCAAAUUAGAGAAAGCAAUUCAGGAUGCUAAAGAAAUUGAAGAGAGAAAACUUGAGCAGCUUGCAAUGGACAAACUAGUUGAGAUGGCAUACAAAAGGCUAACGGGUGGUCGAGGUAGUUCAAGUCAUAAGGCUGGAAUUACAAAGGUUGCAAAACAACUUGCAAUGGCCUUUGCUAAACGAACACUGGAGAGAUGCCAUAUAUUUGAGAAAACUGGUCGAAGCUGCUUCAGUGAAUCAACUUUACGGGAUAUUCUCUUGUCAGGGCCUCCAAACAACAUUGACACUAGCCAUACUGAUGGAUUUGGUUCCAAUAGUUAUGUGGAUUUGCGCAGUGGGGAAUUUGGUGUUCGGCAAACAGGUCUAACGACUGUGAAACAUGGACUUGGUAAAAAGAUGGACCGAGGUCUGUCGGAUCCAUAUCAAAGUGUUCCUCAGAUGGGUGAGCAUGCUGUUACUAAAAGGAAGAAGGAAGUGCUUCUAGAUGAUGUCACAGGCGCUGCUUCUAGAUCCCUAUCCGCUCAUGCUCAUUCUCUGGCAACUAGUACAAAAUGGAAAAAGAGUGAAAGAGACCAGGAACAGAAUAAAGACGCAUCAGGAAGAAGCUCUACUGCUAAAGCCGGUCGUCCAUCAUUAGGCAGCGGUAGAGGCGAACGCAAACUGAAGACAAAACCUAAGCAAAAGAUAGCUCAGUUGUCUACUUCAGGAAAUGGCCUUGGCAGAGUCACAGAGACAGACAGUGUCACGUCACCAGCAUUGCGCGAGGCAUUUGAGACGGUCAACAGUUCUAUUGCUAAAUUUGAUCAAGAAGUUGAAUUGCAAAGUUCAAGUAACAGGGCGCAGAAUUCGUCUAAAGAAUUUGAUGAUGGUAUCUUUACAAAUCUUCCACUUAAUGGGAUAGACCCCAUUGAUGAACUAGAUGUUGCUGAAGGCCUGGGCGGACAAGGCCAGGAUAUUGCAUCCUGGUUGAAUGUCGACGAAGAAGCAUUACAAGAUCAAGAUCUAGUCGGCCUUGAAAUUCCAAUGGAUGACCUUUCAGAAUUGAAGUUGAACUUUUAAAGAAAGCCGACCAUGCUGUAUCUGGAUAUUGAGAAUUCUAGGUCAGACUCCAUUUUCUCAUAACUAACAUGUGAAAUUGUCUACUCCAGGUCGUUAGGAAAAUGUAACUAGGACGUUAUUCUUUGAUAUAAUUUUUGAGUUCUUGGCAGAUCCCAAUUGUUUUCUGUCACCCAGCGCCGUUCGAGUACCAAAUUCCAAAAUCCAUCAAACAUUUGUGUAAAUUCUACCACGUCAUUAUUUUGCAUUAUAUAGCUUGUCUAGUCA